UUAUAUAAUGUACUCUACAUUCCUCUUAUAUUACACUCAUAGCACUCACAAUAUGUAUAUCUCUCUAUGGACCCUUCCCUCUUAUCAUUAGAAGAGCCUCAAAAGUGUGUGAGAGAGAGAUGAGUAGUAGGAACGAUGAUAACCAUAUGGUGACAGUAAGAGGAGAAGGAUCAGGUGGGCCUUGUGGUGCAUGUAAAUUUUUAAGAAGAAAGUGUUUAAGAGGCUGUAUAUUUGCGCCGUAUUUCUUAUCAGAUCAUCUGGGAACAUCCCAUUUUGCUGCAGUUCACAAGGUUUUUGGAGCUAGCAAUGCUUCCAAAAUCCUUCUUCAAAUUCCACCGCAUAAGCGCCAUGACGCCGUCGUUUCACUUUGUUAUGAAGCUGUUUCCAGGGUUUCUGAUCCUGUCUACGGCUGUGUUUCCCACAUCUUUACUCUCCAGCAACAGGUUGAUGAAUUGCAGGCAGAACUAGCAUACAUUCAAGCUCGACUUUCAGUCAUAAGGUGCCGUCCCACCGUACAAACUCCAUCUUCAAUCGAUCUACAAUCUUCAUUGGAGUUACAAGCAUCAGCUGACAUUAAGAACUCACAGCAACUAGCUAACUCACAACCGGAACUAACAUCAUCCAACACGGCAUCUAAUCGUAACCCUAGAGAAGAUAUAAAUGAGGAAGAAGAUGAUGAUCUUCAAAGAUUAGCUCGAGAACUAGUGGCUAAAUACUUGCCAGGUUUAAAUUUUGGUUCUGGUGAUUAGAAGUACAAUAUCUUAUGCCAUUUAACAAUAUAUCUCGUCUUUGUUGGAGAAAAUUAAUUCACAACUGAUGAUAAUUCAUGAUCACUUAUCUUUUGCUGGAGAAAUCAAAAUUAUAAUCAAAUAUUCCAUGUAAAAGCUGCAAGUUUUUGGAUUGGAGUCAAAUCUUUUAUGAGUGUUGCAAUGAUAAUAAUCGGUCUCCUUUUGAUUAUAACACCUCACGACACUGUAUUUUCAAACAAGUUGUUUAUAAAAUUAGCAUGCAGAGCUAUUU